ACCAUAAUCAUUCAUUUGCACCAUACCCAUCUUUACUCUUUCUUCCUCUUUUGCAACUCAAACAUUCAAACUCAGAAUUCAGUAGUGAUCCAAUGGAUAUAUGGAGUUCAAUCUUGAACCAAAAGAACAAAGAUGAAGCUUCACAACUCAAAACUUCUCCUUAUAUUCACCCACUUGUCAAAAAAUCAAAAAGUUAUUUAAAUGAAAAGAGUCUUGAAAUGUGCACUGAGACUCUUGGAUCAGAAACUGGUUCAGAUUGGUUCUCUUCUUCUUACACAUCAUCACCAUCAUCUGAGGAUGAUGGAAAAAUGAAAACAUGUUAUAAUGAUGAUAAUCCAAAAGUCAUCAACAAUCAUUCUUUGAAGAAUAAGAAAAAGGCUGGGCGUAUUCCUCCUUCACUCCCUUCACUGACAAGUCAAAGUCAACAACUUCAAAUGAGGUCCCACCGUGACAAUGGAAGAUUGUUUUUGUUUCUACAAGUUGUCGUGUCGGUUCCUUCACACAACAACUUCAUCGCUACACGACAAAAUGGCCGCCUUAUCCUCACGUUUGCUAAUCAUGAAGAAGAAGAAAUUGCUGAGGAAGAUGUGAGUGUGAUAGAGAAACCAAAUGCUAGUAGUUUUGAAUUAGCAGUGAAUAAGGAAAUAAAGAUGCCAAAAUGGUCGGAAAAGUUCAACUUAGUGGCAAAUUUUAAGGAUUUUAAACUUGUACAACAUGGUUCGUUGUCUUUGAUUAAUGCUUAUCAAUAUUACUGGCGAACCAAGGCUAUACGGGAAAUGUUGAUCAAGAAAGUUGUAAUAGCAACAAGGUUGUUGUCUCUGGGAACAUGAACAUAUAUAUCAAGCUUCACAGGAGUGUUUGGUUCAGAAAUUGAAGUUUUGCAAGGAUUCUCGAACUACAACGUCUUUUCUGUUCUCGGACCCAUGUUGCAUAGCUACUGAAUCUUUUAUUUUCUCUCCUUUAUGUGUUGUAAUUAAAUUACAAGCUGUGUUCUAAAAUGACAAAAUGGUGAAAGUGAGUAAAUGUUAAUAAAUGCAUGUAAUAAAG